AUGGGGCUGCCCACCCUGGAGUUCAGCGACUCCUACUUGGACAGCCCGGACUUCAGGGAGCGCCUGCAGUGCCACGAGAUCGAGCUGGAGCGGACCAACAAGUUCAUCAAAGAGCUGAUCAAGGACGGCUCCCUGCUCAUCGGGGCGCUGCGGAAUCUGUCUAUGGCAGUACAGAAAUUUUCCCAGUCACUGCAAGACUUCCAGUUUGAAUGUAUUGGUGAUGCUGAAACAGAUGAUGAAAUUAGUAUUGCUCAGUCGCUAAAAGAAUUUGCAAGACUACUCAUCACAGUAGAAGAAGAAAGGAGACGACUGAUUCAAAACGCUAAUGAUGUAUUAAUUGCUCCGCUUGAGAAAUUUCGAAAAGAACAGAUAGGCGCAGCAAAAGAUGGGAAGAAGAAGUUUGACAAGGAGAGUGAAAAAUACUAUUCUAUUCUUGACAAACAUUUAAAUUUGUCUGCGAAGAAAAAGGAGUCUCAUUUGCAAGAGGCAGACACACAAAUCGACCGAGAACAUCAAAACUUCUAUGAAGCAUCGCUGGAAUAUGUCUUUAAGAUUCAAGAAGUUCAAGAAAAAAAGAAGUUUGAGUUUGUUGAACCGCUUUUGUCGUUCCUUCAGGGCUUGUUUACUUUUUACCACGAGGGAUAUGAACUCGCCCAGGAAUUUGCACCAUAUAAACAACAGCUGCAGUUCAACUUGCAGAAUACGAGGAACAAUUUUGAAAGUACUCGACAAGAGGUAGAGCGGUUGAUGCAAAGGAUGAAGUCUGCCAACCAAGAUUACAGGCCGCCCAGCCAGUGGACGAUGGAAGGCUACCUUUACGUCCAGGAGAAACGACCACUUGGUUUUACAUGGAUUAAACAUUAUUGCACAUAUGAUAAAGGAAGCAAAACAUUUACAAUGAGUGUUUCAGAAAUGAAAUCCAGUGGGAAAAUGAACGGCCUUGUCACCAGCUCACCAGAAAUGUUUAAAUUAAAAUCUUGUAUCCGACGAAAGACAGAUUCAAUUGACAAACGAUUCUGCUUUGACAUAGAAGUAGUUGAAAGGCAUGGGAUCAUCACAUUGCAGGCCUUUUCAGAAGCAAAUCGGAAACUCUGGCUCGAAGCCAUGGAUGGGAAAGAACCAAUUUAUACCCUGCCUGCCAUUAUGAGCAAGAAAGAAGAAAUGUACUUAAAUGAAGCAGGGUUCAACUUCGUGAGAAAAUGCAUUCAAGCUGUGGAAACAAGAGGCAUCACAAUUUUAGGCCUCUACCGAAUAGGAGGAGUGAACUCCAAAGUUCAGAAACUCAUGAACACCACAUUUUCUCCCAAAUCUCCUCCUGAUAUGGACAUUGAUAUUGAACUAUGGGAUAACAAGACAAUAACAAGUGGACUGAAAAACUACCUCAGGUGCCUUGCUGAACCACUAAUGACUUACAAGUUGCACAAAGAUUUUAUUCUUGCUGUUAAAUCUGAUGACCAAAACUACCGGGUGGAGGCUGUACAUGCGUUGGUACACAAAUUACCAGAGAAAAACAGAGAGAUGCUGGACAUCUUAAUAAAGCAUCUGGUCAAAGUAUCACUACAUAGCCAACAAAAUCUCAUGACUGUCUCAAACCUCGGUGUCAUAUUUGGCCCAACUCUUAUGAGAGCACAGGAAGAAACUGUGGCUGCUAUGAUGAAUAUUAAGUUUCAGAAUAUUGUCGUUGAAAUUCUGAUAGAGCACUAUGAAAAGAUUUUUCACACUGCCCCGGACCCCAGCAUCCCUCUUCCUCAGCCUCAGUCUCGGUCUGGGUCCCGAAGGACGCGAGCAAUCUGCCUCUCCACUGGCUCCCGGAAGCCCAGAGGGAGGUACACUCCGUGCUUGGCAGAACCCGACAGCGACUCCUACAGCAGCAGCCCCGCCAGCACACCCAUGGGGAGCAUUGAGUCCCUCUCCUCUCACUCCUCGGAACAGAACAGCACGACCAAGUCCACCUCCUGCCAGCCCAGGGAGAAGUCCGGAGGGAUUCCCUGGAUCGCAUCCCCGUCACCUUCCAAUGGACAGAAAAGUCUCGGUCUCUGGACAACCAGUCCUGAAUCCAGUUCUAGAGAAGAUGCAACCAAAACGGAUGCAGAAUCAGAUUGCCAGAGCGUGGCCUCCGUCACCAGCCCCGGGGACGUUUCCCCACGCAUAGACCUGGCCAAGAAAGGCCCUCAUGGGACUUCGGGGCAGAAAAGAGCCUCGGCUACCUUCCUCAGGUCCAUCGCUGCAGCUGAAGGAAACAAGAGCUACAGUGGUUCCACUCAAAGCUUAACGUCCAUCGGCUCCAAAGAGACGCCUAAAGGCCCGCCGAACCCAGACCUGCCCCCAAAGAUGUGCAGGAGGUUAAGGCUAGACACGGCCUCCAGCAAUGGCUACCAGAGGCCGGGCUCCAUUGUGGCAGCGAAAGCCCAACUGUUUGAAAAUGUUGGUUCGGUGAAGCCAAUUUCUUCUGGACGCCAAGCCAAAGCCAUGUACUCCUGUCAAGCAGAGCACAGCCAUGAGCUCUCCUUCCCACAGGGGGCGGUCUUUUCUAAUGUGUACCCAUCGGUGGAACCAGGGUGGUUGAAGGCAACUUAUGAAGGCAAAACAGGACUAGUCCCAGAAAAUUAUGUUGUCUUCCUCUAA